AUGGCUACGCUCGCAGAACACCCCCUACAAUCAACGGCUUCGCCGAUGCCCACUAUGAAUGCCAGUUACGACCAAGACCUCGACUCCUUCAUCAACCUCGAUCAGCUUACCUAUACCUCCGCUGAACUCGCUCGCCCCAAGGUCGCGUUGGCCAGCCAGCCUUCUGUCGCCAGUGACUUUAGCGCCAGUGAUGCUCGCAGCGCCAGCUUCGCCUCCAGCGGUCAAUCUCCCAUCGCAUUCUCGGCCCCUAGCCACCACUACGAAGAACACCGCCAACAGACCGGCCUCCCUCCUGGGGCCUUGUCCAUGACCUACAAUCAGGUGGCCCCGAUGGGCUUCAACAAUGGUGGCCAAGGGUAUCAGAUGAAUGGAGACAUGUACGCUGGACAGAUGAAGCGGGAAGAGGCCCCCUUCGACUUCAACACAGCCCCGGCGCCUAACCCAUCCGAGAUGGAGAUCGAGCCAGAGGGCGUGAACAACACACCCUACUUUUUUCACACUACCAACCAGAACAAGAGCCAAUACGUCGACCCCAACGCUCUCGGAGGCCAUGAGCUGGCUCAGGCCGGUCCGUCCACUCAGGUCGGUCGCAUGUACCCUGGCAUGCAUCAGCAGCAGGCUGCGAUGGCCAAGGCUCAGCAACAGAAGCACGAGAUGAUGCGCCAUCAGAUGCAGCAGCGCCGCGUCGAGGAUGGUGCGACCGCUCCCAAUCGAGGCUCCCGCCAGCCGGACCCUGUUGUGGAGGAGCGUAUCUCUCGUCUACUGCAGCAGAUGCGUCAGAAUGCGGUUGCCAAUGGCGAGGUCUCUCCCUCUCCAUCGUCUGUUCUUCCCCAGAUGGCCAAGGCCAAGAAGGAUGAGGCCGACAUGGAUGAGGAUGAGCGACUUCUGGCUAGUGAAGAGGGAAAGAAACUCAGUAGCAAGGAGCGUCGUCAGCUGCGCAACAAGGUGUCCGCUCGUGCCUUCCGCUCCCGUCGCAAGGAGUACAUCGGUCAGCUCGAGAGCGAGGUCGCAGCUCGUACCAACGAGUCUCAUGAGCUACGUCUUCAAAACCGUGCGCUUUACGAGGAGAAUGCUCGCUUGAAUGACCUCGCCCGUAUGCUCCUCGGUUCUCCUCACUUUGCCAAUUUCCUGAACGACAUGCCCGAUACUGUCUCGUCUCAGAUGCCGGCUCACCAGCAGCCUCAGCAGCAGAUGCAGCCCCCACAAUCUGCCCCGCAACCCACUUUGCAGGCCUCCGUUCCUAAGGAGACUGCCGCCACCCGCCCCCAGGAGUUCCAAAUGCAGCAAAACCCCCAGGUCAACAUGGGUAUGGUCCCUAACCAGGGCAUGGAGACUUCUAUGACGAUGAACAACAACGGUUGGAACUCGGGUAUUGACAUGAACUACGGCAACACUCCCGUUUUUGCUGUCAUGGAGGUUCCUGAGGGACCCGCUCUUGACAUCGAGGCCCUGUGUGGCAAGUCGUCAGUUUCCAGCGGCAAGGACGAGGUUCCCGUCCUUGAUAUCCCGGAGGUCGAGGCCCCGUCUACCAAAUCCGACAUGAGCAUCAUUGACACCGACUCCGAGCUUGAUUCGUCGGACCCCGCCUUCGCUCUCUUUGUUGAUUCUCCCGCCCCUGCUUCUUCUGAUGAUAUGCCUGCCUUCAACGGUGUCCAAGCCGAGAAGGCGGCUCCCCACUUCCAUCUGGUUGUUGACCACGGUGAUAAUGCAUCCAACCAAGUGUCUGAUGCCGCCAAGAACCGCCUGAGAUACCUGUGUCAGAGCAUGCAAUCCGCCUUUGAGCGUGUGUCAUCUGUCACUUCCCACCUUCAGUGA